AUGGCUGAUUUAGGGGAUAGUCAAUUACUCGUGCGAUUCGUAACCAAACAGGAACAAUAUGCUGUUCCAGACAGUCCUAUCGCUAUACAAAGCAAUGUUUUGUCAUCGGAUCUUAAUACUCUUCUUAAAGCGCUAUUAAAGGAGACCAAUCCAUCUUUAGAAAAAGUUCCUGAUUUCGAUUAUUUAAUAUGUGGGGAACUGUUAUGUACAUCAAUUGCGGAGCAUAUACAGGAGAAAGGUAUAUCCACAGAAGACACAUUAGAAGUUGAAUAUUUAGAGAGAUUUCCGGCACCAAGACCUCAAGACUGUUUGAUGCACGAUGAUUGGGUGUCGGCUGUACACACUCAAGGAAACUGGAUAUUAUCAGGCUGUUAUGACAACAGUAUACAUAUUUGGAGCACAAAAGGUCAACAUAAACUCUCCAUACCUGGUCACACAUCUCCCGUUAAAGCUGUAUCAUGGGUUUCUGUUACCAAUGACCAAGCAAUCUUUGUGAGUGGUUCCCACGACCAAUCAGCUAUGCUGUGGGUAUGGAAUUCAUCCAACAAUUCUGUUGAUUGUGUUGUUACUUGUCGUUCACAUGAGAAGGGUGUCGAGUGUUUGUCUGUGUCAGCCGAUAAACAAAGAUUUGCUACUGGCAGCUGGGAUAAUAAUAUCUGUCUUUGGAGCACUAGUCUUUCUGAUGAACAUAAUGCACCUGCCAAAAAGAAGAGUCGUCCAGAACAAGGAAAAAUAAGAGAACCAUUAUCAACAUUGAAAGGCCAUAGAGAGGCGGUUUCCGGUAUAAAGUGGAUGGAUUUUAACACAGUUGUAUCGAGUGGUUGGGAUCAUUUGAUUAAGAUAUGGGAUUGUGAACUUGGUGGUUUGAAACAGGAAAUUGCCGGUAAUAAGGCCUUCUUUGAUCUGGAUUGGUCACCGUUAAACAACAACAUCAUAACAGCAUCCGCAGACAGACACAUUAGACUUUAUGAUCCAAGAUCAACAGAUAGUAUAGUUCGAACUACUUACACAUCACACAACGGCUGGGUGCAAUCUGUACGUUGGUCGACUACUAAGGAUACAUUAUUCCUCUCUGCUGGUUAUGAUGGCCAGGUCAAGUUAUGGGAGACGAGAAGUCCAAAAACUCCACUAUAUGAUCUGAGUGGUCAUGAGGAUAAAGUACUCUGCUGUGACUGGUCAAACCCUGCGUUACUUAUCAGCGGCUCCUGUGAUAACACACUAAGGAUAUUCAAAUCCAAACAUGCCCUUCAAUAA